GUGAACUUAAGCAUUUUGGGAUAUUCCAAAUCAUCUCUUGAUUAUUCGAGGCACACACACUUUUGCAAAGCACUGAAAUUGAACUGGAGAUUGGGCAUCUGGGUGGUGCUGGAAGAGUCCUGCAUUCUUCAUCAAUGAUUCAAAGACACUUUUCCAUCUGCCUCAAUUUCUGGUGAUGAUGAACACAUGGAAGGUUCGGCAAAUGGCAUGAUGACCACAACCUUUUGACUGCGGAUCGACUGGUUAACCAGUGGGUUAUUGGAUGGGUCGUGCUAAGAUGGUUGCCGCCGGGCUUCGCCCUUGAACAGCGAGUGAGAUGCUUUCGCUGCAGUCGCUUGGUUUAGUGUGUGAUGAACAUGCAGCGACAGCCCCUGUUUCCUGCUGUUUAUUGGUUGGCGGGAAUCUGUGCAUCACCUCAACCCUUGCUCGCAGAACCGCUCCCCAGUCCCACAAGCCCAGCGAGUGCGGCGAUGAUGCUUGAACCAACCAAGAGAAGCAGCCAUCCCGGCCGUGAGGAGACCUCCUCCGACCUGCGCGCUUACGGAUAUCUGUCAAGCCAUGACAUUUCGUUGCCCCCAUCAAGCAGGAGGAGUCUGAAGUUAACUCUUGAUUUGCUAUCGUAUCGCAUGUCCUUUUAACGGCUGGCAACCCGCCCAGGAAUCUCAUUUCCUAGCCAGCUGGCCUGGCGUGAAGACUUCCACCAACGCUGACAGUUCGCAACCGAAUCUGGUUCGUCUGGGCUCUCGUCAGCGUAGCUGUCGAUUCCUCAGCGAACUCGCCCUUUCGCCCGUCAUGGGGAAGAUAAUGUGGUAUUUGCCGCGAAAAUAUAUUUCUCCGCUCGCAUUCAAGAUCCUGAUCGCUGUUGAGCUGCCGUUCACCGUGGCAGUCCUGGCUCUGUUCGGAAUCGCGUCUCCAAAUCUAUAUCGGACAAAACUCUGGCAAGAUGGCGCUGAUAACGGCUUCAAUAGUUCCCCGGAUGAAUUGGUUUACAGAUAUGCGAACUAUGAGCCGUAUACAGUUCCUCGGCCCUGGACCCAGUUUAUUACCAGUUUCAAUCUUGUGAUAUCGGUAUUAAGCAUGUUUUUCCUGCUAGUCAAAACACCAAUGUUUGUUCUACACGUCUUCUAUCCACCACUAUCCGUUCUCGUCCAUACUAUUUUGAUAGUGCUCUACUGUGUAUCCGCAGCAUGGCAGGGUGGGAAAGACACGAGCGACCCAGAGCAUCUUCAGUCCGGUCCUCCGUGGUAUAUCACCAAGAACUGCAACGUCGCAUCACAUCGGAAUAACAUCGGAUAUUGCAAACAGGCAAAGUCUGGAUUUGCUUGCACUAUUAUCUUGAUCGUUAUUUUCCUUGCUCAAUUCGUCCUUGCGGUAAUAUCGUGCCUUCCAACGGAAGAAACCCGAGAAAGACAGCGCGAAAAACGAGAGAAGCUAGAAACCCUCGCGGAACUCAAGUCCCUCAAAUCGCCGUGCUAUCCAAACUUUUACCAAGGCGAAAAUGGCCUACAGCCAAUCACUCCACGCACAAUGGCUUUCAAUCAGCUGGGAGGUGCAAAUGACCUUCCGUUGCGCGGUGAUACCACGAGUUCAUCCGUGACAACGUUGGAAGCUGCUAAGCCGGCACAGCCGAUGAUGUACUUUCCACCGCCGCCGAAGAAGGCUGCGGGCAAGGGGAAGGUUUCUUACGCUUAGCCGGAGGCCAGUACUUUGGCUGGGGUGGCCCCGGUUCUUUCGUCAACUCCUUGCAAUACCUGAAAUCUGCAAGAUUUAUUAACAACUCGACGGUUGGAUUUUCUUUUUAUGUUGUUUCGGAUAUUAUACGGCGCUGUUGUGCGCUAUGAUUUUGAUACCUGGUUUCUUGCUAUUUUGAUAAUUGGAUUGGGCUUGAUAUCCCCUUCGAGGUGCACA